AUGGAUUAUGUCGUUGCUUUUCCGACAAAUAAGAAUUGGUUUUAUGCCAUGUCUCAGCCUAAGAACUGUUGGACUGAUCAGCACAUCGAUGUUAUUUUUUACUACCUUCGUAAAAAAUCAAAACUUCGAAGCAUGGAUCAAUACAGAUACACAACAGUCAAGUGUUUGUUCAGCGCACAUAUCAACAAUACCCAUGAUAGGUAUUAUAACAAUGAGGCUGAUGAUGAUAUUAGUACCCAAGAACACCUUGAUCGUGCAAGAGCUGUAUCAGUACAUGAGAGGUCAAUAAUCAACGUCAUGAAAGGUUUUUCAAUACCAGCUGGAUUACCAUGGCAUCUGGUGGAUGAUGUUUAUAUUCCGAUCAAUUAUGAUGGAGAUUUUCACUGGGUAUUAGCUGUGGUUGAAUUGAAUAAGAGGUUGAUACGCGUGUAUGACUCUUCUUUGGGCACAAGGAAACGUGUAUAUUCUGACGAGAUAAAAAAAUUGUCAAGGAUGUUACCUUCUUACCUGAUUGACAGUGGUUUCUUUGAAAACAAUGAGCGGACAAACUGGUCAGUUCUUGAUGCAUACAAGGACAAACAAACGGGUGUACCUUUAGAGUCACAUAUUCCUUUCAACAUUGAAUACGCUGAAGGUAUCAUGCAACAAGAAGACGAUAGCCUGGACUGCGGGUUAUACGUAGCUACAUUUGCAGAGUUUUUGAGUGACCAACUUGUUAUACCACCUGAUACUGAUGGACAUCUUGCAAAUUACCUACGCAAUAGAUAUGCUGCAUUGUUAUGGAGAUACGGCAGCGACAAGGUCAAUGGUGGAUAUAUAAGUGAUAAUGACGAUCCACCAAAGCCUAAGGGUCAAUUCACAACACCAACUGAAGAUGACAUUGUUAACAUAGAUUAGUAAUUAGCUGGGAC